AUUUCUAUAUUACAUAAUCAUUUUUUUUAAAAAAAAAUGGGUUUGAAAGGAAAGUUGAUUUCAGAAACAGAGAUAAAAGGUUGUAAGGAUUUAUUUCAUGAAAUGUUUUGUGAAAAACCACACCAUCUUCCAAAUGUUGUACCACAAACUAUUCAAGCUGUUGAUUUACAUGAAGGAGAUUGGGGUACUAUUGGCUCCGUUGUUAACUGGAAUUAUACUAUCGAGGGGGAUGAGAAGGUUGUAAAGGUGAUUAUUGACGAGAUAAACAAGGAAAAAAGGUUAGUGACAUUCAAGGCAUUUGAAGGUCAUUUGAUAGAGGAAUACAAGGCCUUCAAAGCUACUAUUCAUAUUGAGAAUGAAGGAGAUAACAACUUGGCUAUAUGGACUAUUGAAUAUGAAAAGCAAAAUGAAGACAUUCCAGAACCCUUCUCUUAUUUGCAAUUAGCCACUAAUCUAACCAAAGAUGUUGACACCCAUCAUGUCAAUCAGUUCUUCAGUAAAAUGGGUCUAAAAUCUGUAUUGUGUGUCAAGAUAGAAAUGAAGGCCAACAAAGAUGUGUUUCAUGAUGUUUUUACAAAUAAACCACAUCACGUCUCUACUAUGUCUCCUUUGCAUGUACAAGGUUUUGAUCUUCUUGAAGGUGACAUUGGAACUGUUGGAUCCAAAAUUUGUUGGACAUAUACCCUUGAUGGGGAAAAGAAGAUCUCUAAACAAAUACUUGAAGCUAUAGAUCAUGAAAAAAAGGUGCUCAUACUCAGAGAAUUUGAAGGAGAUGUAACGGAUAAAUAUGAUAGUUUUAAAGCAACUCUUCAUAAUCGAAACAAAAGACGAAAUCGAUUUGGUUAGCUGGACAUUGGAGUAUGAAAGGUCCAAAUGAUAAUGUCCCUGAACUUAUAAGUUUGCUGGACUUCGUUGUUGGUAUGACAAAAGCUAUUGAUGAUCACCAUGCCAAUUGAUGGGAUCUAUGUUGCUCGGACUAUUAAAAAAUGUCAUCAGGUGUGUGUCGAAUUCUUUAAAAAUAUUGCAUUUUUUAAGAAUCUGACAUAAGUAUGACAAUAUUUUUGAAGAAUUCGAGCAACUUAGGAUGGGAUCAUAUAUAUUCAUGUGAGCUUUACAUAAAUUACCAUAUGCUUUGUUUGUUGUUUGUCCAUGUUGGUUGUGUACUUUUUUUUAUGUUUGUUGUGCCUUUCUCAUGUAAGUGAUAUGUUGGCAACUAUGUUAACCUGUGUGUUGUGUAAUAAGACAUGGGUAUUAAGUUUAUAUAUAUUGACCUU